CCCCCUCGCGCGCCGCUGGGUGGGACGCGCCGGCCGAGGCUAUAAAUGGGCGGGCCGGCGCGCGGGGCGCGCAGUGCGGGCGCCACGUGGAGCGGACGCGGAACGCGCGGCACCGCCAUGGCCUCCAACGAUUACAGCCAGACGGCGACACAAAGUUACGGCGCCUACCCCGCCCCCCCCAGCCAGAGCUACUCGCAGGGAGGGGGGCAGGGCUACUCCCAGCAGAGCUACGGGGGCUACGGGCAGAGCUCGGACUCGGGCUACGGCCAGGGGGGGUACAGCUCCUCCUACGGGCAGAGCCAGAGCGGGGAGUGA